GAAUCGUUGGAUUGACGGGUUGGGACGUGUGUCCAUGGGUCUAUGUAGGGAUGCGGGUAAAAUUGUGGAAUAUGCGACGCGGGACCAAGCCCAGAACGCUGUGGCAACCCUCAGCAACCAGAACCUGAUGGGUCGACUCGUCUACGUCCGAGAAGACCGCGAAGCUGAACCUCGUUUCAUCGGUGCCACAGCCAACCGUGGCGGUUUUGGCGGUGGCGGCGGCGGCGGCAUGAACCCUGGUGGUUUUCCCGGCGGCGGCGGUGGUGGGGGCUACAACCCGGGGAAUGGCAGCCGUCAGAUAUACGUGGCCAACCUUCCUUACACCGUGGGCUGGCAAGACCUCAAGGACCUGUUCAGACAGGCUGCUCGAAACGGGGUCGUGAUUCGCGCCGAUGUUCACCUAGGACCUGACGGCCGCCCAAAGGGAUCUGGAAUCGUCGUUUUCGAAAACCCCGAAGAUGCUCGCAACGCCAUCCAGCAGUUCAAUGGCUACGACUGGCAGGGCCGCUUGUUGGAGGUUCGUGAAGACAGAUUCGCCGGUGCUGGAGGCCCUAUGGGUUUCGGAGGCCGAGGGGGCUUUGGUGGUGGCAUGCGAGGCGGCUUUGGCGGCGGUUACGGCCGCGGUGGCUUCGGCGCUGGCCGUGGUGGCUUCGGCGCUGGCGGCUAUGGUCGCGGGGGCUUUGGCGGUGGCCCCGGUGUUGUUGGUCCCGGAGGUCCCGGAGGUCCCGGCGGCUUCGACGCUGGCAACGCGCCUUCGGUCCCCCCUAACCCCUUCACUGACUAUGCCACCGCUGGAACCGACCGGAGCGAGACUAUCUACGUGCGAAACCUUCCCUGGUCUACUAGCAACGAGGAUCUUGUUGAACUCUUCACAACUAUCGGGAAGGUCGAGCAGGCAGAGAUUCAGUAUGAACCGAGUGGCAGAUCGCGUGGGACCGGCGUGGUUCGCUUCGACUCUGCAGAAACCGCCGAAACUGCGAUUGCCAAGUUCCAAGGUUACCAGUACGGCGGCCGACCCUUGGGUCUGAGCUUUGUCAGAUACCUGAACGCUGCCGGCGGCGGUGACAGCAUGGAGACGGAUGCCCACGCGGGUCUGACACAAGAUCAGAUCAUGUGAUAGCAAACUUGGCUGGACGAAUCACAUGGUUACUCCUGGCAGUUGUUACUCUCGACGGACACUGCGAAGGUCGGCUUAACAGCUGACUCGACCGAACGUCCAACUUCCUCUACGGCGGAUCGACAUUAAACAGCCGGCAAAUGUUUCUUGUGCUCGAUUCACACAGCAGUCUACAUUUCUUUUUCCUUGCAAUUGUCUUUCACUUUCAUAACGGCAAAGUGAGUGUCGUCUUCGACUUGCGUUUCGGGUUUCCAAGGCAGGACGGACUGGGUCACGAUUGGUCGCAACACACAAAAUUCGUCGACUAACAUCAGGACGACUUUUAUCAUGUAUUGUUGUUAUCAGUUAGGAUGGCCUAUUCGGCCCUGGUAGUCCCGGUAGUACAGUCAUUGCGGGCGAGCACUCCUGGUACAGCCUUCGUCUCGGGGCUCGACGUGGACCUCUACACAAAAGUUAUUCUUUGAUAAGGACGUGCAUCUUCGUUUGUUUGCAAGGCCAGGUGGGAGGGGGGUUGGUUCAAACCCUCUCUCCCUGUAUAUGUAUUUCACGGGCGGGAGGAAGCACUUGGCCUUUGCGUUUAAUAGUGCUUGCUUGGUAUCAUGAGUUGUGCUGGACCACGGCGCCGCAGUGAUCGUCGGAGGUCUUAGCUGAGGACGAUGUUUCGACACUGAAGCGGCAUGUCCGGGUAGCAAAAAAUAGUAGUAAGCUAGCGUGCCGGUAUAACAUAGUCCAACGCGCAUCACUCAUCAUAAUUGCGUUUGUGCUGGGCGGCACAGGUGCGCAGUACUUACACUUACAACUGACGGUUU